AUGCACCUAGAACAACGGAUAGGUCGUAUGGAACAAUUGUUGGUCAAUCUGGCUAAUGUUCGCAUGCACCUAGAAAAACGGAUAGGUCGUAUGGAACAAUUGUUGGUCAAUCUGGCUUAUGUUCGCAUGCACCUAGAACAACGGAUAGGUCGUAUGGAACAAUUGUUGGUCAAUCUGGCUUAUGUUCGCAUGCACCUAGAACAACGGAUAGGUCGUAUGGAACAAUUGUUGGUCAAUCUGGCUUAUGUUCGCAUGCACCUAGAACAACGGAUAGGUCGUAUGGAACACUUGUUGGUCAAUCUGGCUUAUGUUCGCAUGCACCUAGAACAACGGAUAGGUCGUAUGGAACAAUUGUUGGUCAAUCUGGCUUAUGUUCGCAUGCACCUAGAACAACGGAUAGGUCGUAUGGAACAAUUGUUGGUCAAUCUGGCUUAUGUUCGCAUGCACCUAGAACAACGGAUAGGUCGUAUGGAACAAUUGUUGGUCAAUCUGGCUUAUGUUCGCAUGCACCUAGAACAACGGAUAGGUCGUAUGGAACACUUGUUGGUCAAUCUGGCUUAUGUUCGCAUGCACCUAGAACAACGGAUAGGUCGUAUGGAACACUUGUUGGUCAAUCUGGCUUAUGUUCGCAUGCACCUAGAACAAUGGAUAGGUCGUAUGGAACACUUGUUGGUCAAUCUGGCUUAUGUUCGCAUGCACCUAGAACAACAAACAGGUCGUAUGGAACACUUGUUGGUCAGACUCUAG